AUGGGAGGCAUUCUCCAGAAGAUGUUGCAAGCCUUCUACACCAAGAAGCUCGAGGUCGUGCUCGUGGGUCUUGAGAACAGUGGCAAGACAACGCUGCUGAACGUGAUGGCCAUGGGCCACCCCGUGGAGACAUGUCCAACCAUCGGUCUGAACGUGAAACUCGUGAAAAAAGGAGGCGUACAGAUGAAAUGUUGGGAUAUCGGCGGGCAGGCACAAUACCGAAGCGAAUGGGGCCGCUACACGCGCGGCUGUGACGUCAUUAUAUAUGUGGUGGACGCCAAUGCGUUCGACCAAAUCUCCCUGGCGCGGAAGGAGCUUCACCGUCUACUAGAGGAUCGUGAACUGGCGACGACGCCGCUGCUGGUGCUGGCCAACAAGAUCGAUCUGGAGCCUCACAUCUCCGAGCCGGAGCUCAUUCGCGAGCUGAACCUGGACUACAUCGUGGACAACCCGUGGCUGGUGAUCCCUAUCUCGGCGCUGCGUCUCGUCAACAUCGACCAGGUCAUCCAGUGGCUCAUGAAGCAGUCGGGCAAGGGCUAA